UGAACAAGAAAAAAUGUUUUUGAGCAUUUUAUUUAUAUUAUUCGUGCAACAUAAGUUAUACACAAGUGGAAAUAAUUUUACUGGCGAGGCUCUUGUCGAGGCCGUUGUUGACUUCAUAAAAUUUUCGUCUUCAAUUAAUAUCAGCGAACUGUGCAAAGAUACUUUGGCUUACAAGUUACCCAAAUAUUUGGCUUCGUUUAAUGAUUCAGGUGCUUCAGUAAAGAAUUUUGCCUCAGCAUUCAGUGCCAGUAUUUCAACACAUUUCUUGGCUUAUCGCUCGACGUAUUAUAUGAUGAAAUGUUUUGAAAUAGCAGGGGAAACUAGUUAUUCUGUUUCUGAAUACCCUAUGAAUUACUGUCAUAGUGUUAGUGAAGAUAAUUCGGUAUUUGGAAUUUGUAUCCCAGCCAGAUGUUUGCCAUACCAUACUCAGUUGAUGCAAACUUGGAAGCACAAGUUCUCUGAUAGAAAAUCUGAUUCACCCACAGUCUUUCAAGAAUGUAUACAGUCCAGACGUCAUGAGCAGUGGUAUAAUAUGCCAGGACCAGUUACCGAGUUCACCAUAAACAUAAUUUUCCUUCUUAUUGCUUCAACAGCCACCAUUUACCAUAUUUUAAGGGGAAAUAUAUCGAGAUCGAUUAUCACUCAGAUUUUCCUAGCCUUUUCUGCAAAAACCAAUUUGGCUAAGCUAACAACUUCUCCGAAAAAUGAAAAUUCAAUAAUUUCAUGUUUAUUUGGAUUACGAUUAAUAUCAAUGUUGUGGGUGCUGGUAGGUCAUUCAUUCCACUGGAGCCAGAGUUAUAUCGAAAAUCUUGAAUAUUUCAAGAAAGACCUAUCCGACAAUAUUUUAAACCUGUUUAUUACCAAUUAUACACUAAGUGUAUCAAAUUUCUUCGUUAUAAGUGCAACUCUUACUUCGUAUUCAUGGUUCAAAAAAGACGGAGGAAAUAAUUUGUCAAUUAAAUAUUGGUUAACCUUUUAUGGACAUCGUUUAAUACGAUUAUGGCCAUCCUACUUAUAUACCUUAUCUGUUGUCACUUUUCGAUCAACCACUCAGAGUUACCAGCCAAUUUCGAGCCGAUUUGAUCCCUAUGUUCAGUACAUAAGUGCGGAAUUCAUUUUUUAUUUGACAUCGCCAAUAUUUCUUGUAACAUUAAAAAAAUCUUCUCUCGUCGGUAUUUUAUUAAUAAUCGUUAUUUCCACCGUAUCAAUGCUAUUUGUUGGCUUGAAAAUUUAUUUUCUAAAUUAUCCCGCUUUGAUUCUUUCAUUUUCACUUCAGAAUGUUUAUAACAAUGAUUUUUACAAGCAAACAUUUGGCAUGUAUAUAAGGCCUUACUGUCACAUUGGUGCGUACCUUACUGGUAUUUUACUUGGUUAUUGCAUUGUCUAUAUAAAAGAAAAAUAUGAUCGUUUUAGUGGUGCAACAUGUUGGAUUAUUUUUAUUUCUGUUGGUUUAUUUAGCCUAUUUGGGAUUUACCCUACGAUAAAGGGGUGGCAUUGGCCAAUUUACAAUGCUAUUUACGGUGCAAUCUUCCGUAAUCUUUGGGCAUGUUUCAUUUCUUGGCUUAUAUUUGCUUGCCACACUGGACUUGGUGGCUAUCUGAACCAAUUCUUAAGUCUAAAGAUUUUUAUACCACUAUCAACACUCAGCUAUUCAGUAAUAUUCCGUGGUGAACCAUUUCCAGUCGUUUACACUGGGAAACAUCAGUUCAUAAAAUAUUGCACAAUACAGCUGUUAUUAUCUUAUUUUUUUUCACUCUUCAAUUAUUUUCUUGCUGAGGCACCAGCCCUUAAUAUCGAAAAAAUAUUGUUCUGA